CCCCCGCGCGUGCGUCAGCCGCUCCUUGCCCCGCCCAGCAGGACCGUCUCGCCGAGGGGAGGAGGGAGCCUCGCGCGGGGCUGUUCAUGGAAGAGAUGUCUGGAGAGACAGUGGUGAGCACCGCAGUGCCAGCAGCCACAACACGCACCACUUCCUUCAAAGGUGGCAGUCCCAGCUCCAAGUAUGUGAAGCUGAACAUCGGCGGGGCUUUGUACUACACCACGAUGCAGACGCUGACCAAGCAGGACACCAUGCUGAAGGCCAUGUUCAGCGGCCGGAUGGAGGUCCUCACGGACAGCGAAGGCUGGAUUUUGAUAGACCGGUGCGGCAAGCAUUUCGGGACCAUCUUAAACUACCUGCGCGACGGUGCUGUGCCCCUUCCGGAGAGCCGGCGGGAGAUCGAGGAGCUGCUGGCCGAGGCCAAGUACUACCUGGUCCAGGGCCUGGUGGAUGAGUGCCAGGCUGCCCUCCAGAACAAAGAUGUCUACGAGCCUUUCUGUAAAGUGCCCAUUAUUACUUCCUCUAAGGAAGAACAGAAACUUAUAGCCACUUCUAACAAGCCGGCGGUUAAACUGCUGUAUAACAGAAGCAACAACAAGUAUUCCUAUACCAGCAAUUCCGACGACAACAUGCUGAAAAACAUCGAGCUGUUCGACAAGCUCUCGCUGCGCUUCAACGGGAGAGUCCUUUUCAUCAAAGAUGUCCUGGGGGACGAGAUCUGCUGCUGGUCGUUUUACGGGCAGGGCCGCAAGAUCGCGGAGGUGUGCUGCACCUCGAUCGUGUAUGCCACCGAGAAGAAGCAGACCAAAGUGGAGUUCCCAGAAGCCCGAAUCUACGAGGAGACCUUGAACAUCCUCCUCUACGAAGCCCAGGAUGGCCGGGGCCCCGAUAAUGCGCUGCUGGAGGCCACCGGAGGGGCAGCCGGCCGCUCCCACCACCUGGACGAGGACGAGGAGCGAGAGCGCAUCGAGAGGGUCCGCAGGAUCCACAUCAAGCGCCCCGACGAUCGCACCCACCUGCACCAGUGAGGGGGCUCAGCAGCAGACAGGCUCCGCCUCCUCCCAUUCCCACCAGGGUCCGGCUGGCUGCCAGGCACGGAAUAUUCCACAGGACUGUCCUUUUAUACCUAAUUAGAGUAUUUUUGGUAUUUAACAACGUAGCGUGUUGUACUCAGAUAGGCCGUCUGCCACGGCCAAGGCUGCAGUGACCGAAGUGAGGGUCUUGACUCUCCAGUGCUUUUGAAUUCCUGUUUUGAGCAUAGAGAAAAGGCCUCUUUGGGCAGGAACGCACCGCCUCCGCUUGGCUUUGCCCUCUCAGUUGAGCCCAGUUGUUCCGGCAGGGGAGACUUCUCCUCCUGGAAGCCUGGACGAGCCGCGUCUCUGUUCACAGGGACGAGAGCUGGGGCAAAAGCCCUUUGCUGCCGAAGGAGGGGGUGGGAAAGGUGCCUGCCAGGCGACGUGCUGUGUCUCAUGCUGUAGAAGGAAAGCCGUUGUAGGACCAGGCCAGGACGCUCAGUGACCCCCCACGCUCCCUGCACCUUUUCCCCCAAGGAUGGCAGUUCUCAUCUUUCCUGUGUCCAGAGAAAUGCAGAUGCUGCGAAGUGCGCCAUGUGGCCUUUCUUUCUCUUUCCCGCCUCCCCGUUCAUGACCCCUCUCUUCUGCUCUGAGACCAAAGCCUCCAUCUUGCAAGCCAUUACCCUCUUGCCGUGUCCGCGUCUGAUUCGGUCUCCUUCCUUCAGAGGCAUGUAUUCUGGGACCAGCGCGCUCGCUCUUGCUGCACUGGGUAAUUCAGAAGCUAUUUUGCAGCUGGGUGGUCUACUCAAGUUCUGAGGGCCUGGAGUGAUUGUGAACAAGUGGUGGGACUCCGUACGCAUCUCCUUGCCCCUUGUGGUUCAGGACAGGCACAAGGUGCCCAGGAAGGAUAAGCAGGGGCCGUUUCUGCCUAGGACCUGCAGGGGCUCCAUACCAUAUGCCAUACCCAGCUUCCCACUUAGGGGGCCCCCAGUCCACCUCCCUGUGAAGCCCCUGUGUAGAUGAGAAGGUGCUUGGGCUUCUGCAGAAAUGUACAGAAUCCAUCUUGAUGCAUCGGUUGGGAUGAGAAGACCUUUCCCCCUCCGUUCUUUAAUCUUCUUCCGUCGUGCAUCUUCUACCAUUCCUUUCAUGGCAGGAAUCUUAAGUGUCAUUUGGAGUGCAAGUAGCAGGAAACCCAAAGAUUGAACUGUGACUGGAGGAGAUCAGAUGAGUUAAGAUGUUCAGCAAAGUCUUCACAGGCUGCAGACCAAAGUCCAGAAUUCGCUUAUUCCAGUUUCCGUUUAGGAAAAAGGCUGCUUGGUUUUGUUUUGUGCGUUUCAGAGUUUAGAGGGGUGAGCCAGUCGCCAAAAAGCAACCGCUGAGAGAUGCUGCAAGCCAAGAUGGGAUCAUGUAGUUUGGCAGAUCCUUUUCCACCUAUUCCACCCUCCCUGAAAUACUUAUUUUCCAAAGUUGCAUUUCAGUCUGAUUCUGAGUGCCUAAAACGUGGCCAGUAUUUUGGGAACCUUAAUAUAUUACAAUUCCAUUUGGUUCUGAGUUUUGUUUCUCAAAAAGGUUAAGAAAAUCGCUAAUAGUCUGUUAAUUUCAUCUCUUGAUUUAUAUGGUAUAGUAACUGCCACGCAAUAUAUACCCUUUUUUAUUACAGUACCAAAACCAACUUUUGAGAGAUGGGGAGGAAAGCAUGAGCAAGGAAGCGAAGCCUCGUGCUUUGGGACUUAGCACAAGGGAAAACAAGAAUCGUUAUUUUUUUCUGCUAGUUGGCAGUUCCUGAAAAGCCCCCGUUUGCCUUGCUGCUCCUUGUCAGCAAAUACCACCCUGCGACUUGGGCAGGGAUAAUAGUUCUCGCAUUGCCCGUCUGAAUCUCGUGGGCUCCUUCCGUGAACUCUGCCACCUCCCGCGUUUUAGUUCACUGUCUGCGAAAGCUGCGGAGCUGAAGCAGGCCCAGAGGAAGGGUGGGGUGCCGCUGGCUUCCUCUUUCUGGCUGCUUCGAAAUGCUCCUCAGAGACAGAGGGGCCCUUGGUCCAGGCUGGCAGAGCGGGGGAGAGGUUGAAGGAAAGGGAGCCGCCUUGCUGCUGAGCCCUGAAGCGAUUGGGGAGACGAGGGGACCCAUGUGGAAAUGCUUGGGGAAAGAGCAGUUGCCGGCUUCCAUUUCUGUAAGCUGCUGGGAAGGCAUUCGCACCAGGCAGUUUAAACCCCUCUCGACCAGCCCCGCAGCGUGGUGUAGGCAUGGACAUCAGCACCGGCAUCUUCUCUGUAGGCUGUCCUCUGCAUUCCCAAAAGGCCAGUCCAAAGACGGUUUUGGCCAAGGGAAAAGGUUGCCCCGACUCAGCAGUGCCUUCGCUGUCUGGCUGCGAGGCAGCAGCAGGCCUGGUGAAUGGCAGGUGGGUUGAAGGACAAGCGCCAGCCCCCCCACGCCCCCCUGCUCUGGCGCUACCUGCGGCUUGAAGUCGAGCCUCGCCUGUUCGUAGCCGCCUUAAAGGGGCCCCGCUCCAGCCAUGCAGGUGUCUGUCCGUGCAGAAUUGCCUCCUCUCUGUCGACCUGAUUUCUUCUGUUUAUGCAGGUGGUAUGCGUUUUGACACAGAUUUUAAAUAUGGAAAAUAAAUUACACACGUUUCCUAU